CAACGACGAUGCAGCUUAAGAGUAUAUGUCUCUUGGCUCUAGUUCUCGGUACAUCUGAUGCUUACCAAUGCUGCCCUCCCGCUAGGUGGAAAACAGAAUCUUUCUACACACGUUUGGAGCUGCAGACCAACGUGGCCAGUUACCAUUCGGAACUCGAAGAAUUCUUUCAAGACCUUGACAAUAGCAGAUUUGCUUCAGUAGUGGAAAGGCGCUAUUAUAGGAAUAUUCUACAUCUGAAAAUAAUCUCAGAUCACAAAACUAUGGUAAAGUACACCAUCGACAGAGACAGAAACAGAUGUCCUGUAGAACAUAACCACGACCCAGUUCACACAUUUUGUAUUCCCGACAGUGCUACUCCCGGUUUCCAGGUGAAACUGGGGUUUGGUGAUAACUCCCUUGAAGCCACUGCUUAUUAUGAUGAAGAUACACUCAAGGAUGACAAGUACCAAAGAGGCAUAUGGUACCUCGUCAACGAGGCAUGUAUUCCUCUGCAACGUGACAGGACUGGUCUUGACGAGGGGAAACAGAAGGCAAUGAACUUCUUUGAAGUCAUCCGUUACAAGGCCUCCAUUGAGAAGUUGAGCCAGUCACGUUUGUGA